AUGCGUACUGCUAUCAAUUCCGACGGGGUGGUCAGGGAAAUUGAAGACGCAACGACGCUUCGGAUCGAGAUAUUGGACAAGUCCCAUGAAGGAAGGCUAGGCGCUUGGGGAAUUGCUAGUGGUUUCUCAGAUGUUGAAGGGCUCGCUGUGGAUCUGGGAGGGGGGAGCAUGCAGAUAACAUGGGUCGUCUCACAUGCGGGUGAUCUCCAUAUGAGCCCGGAGGGAUCCCUUAGUUUCCCAUAUGGAGCCGGGGCGCUUUCGAAGAAGCUAUCUGAGUUGCAGAAGGGGAGGGAUAAGGAGGCGGAUCGUGCCGUGAAGAAGUUCCAGCAGGAGAUGAAGCGGACUUUCCUUGAUGCGUAUGAGAAACUUCAGAUUCCGGAGUCUCUUGUUGACAAGGCCAGGAAGGAAGGAGGCUUUCAGCUGUACAUGUCCGGUGGCGGCUUUCGCGGAUGGGGGUAUCUUCUUCUUUACCUCCACCAGACUCGGGGUCGACAUUAUCCCAUAUCAAUCAUCAAUGGGUAUCGAGCUGGAAGAGACGAAUUCGCAAACACACGGACGUUGAAGGAAGUAGCUCGGACAGCCCAUAAAAUAUUUCGCGUCUCCGAUCAUCGCCGAAAGCAAGUACCCGCCGUCGCAUUCCUCGUGAACGCCCUAGCUGAAUCUGUCCCGUACGGAAUCAAGGAGGCACGCUUCUGUCAGGGAGGAAUCCGCGAGGGAAUCCUGUACAGCCAGCUUACCCCUGUGAUCCGACAACAGGAUCCUCUCGAGGUUGCAACGUCUUCAUUUCGAAAACCCUCAGCUGGAUUAAUCGGCCAUUUCUUUUUGGCUGCAACCCCCCCGCCAUACCAGAUAGCCAACGAUGUUGGCCAAACACGCUCAACGUCCACUUGA